AUGCCAAAACGGAGCAGAAAAGGAGUUAAAGAAUCUGAAAAUGAUGGUAGACCUCCAGAACUAACGUUUGCAAGCUUUCUAACUGGUUCUCUAACGUCUCAAAGCUCGCAAGUUCUUGAUGAAACUUGUUCGGAAGACUUCGGUGCCAGCACAGCGAGCCGCGGUGCUGUUGGCACAGGAAAUGGCAUAGUCAAAUAACCAAUUGUAAUUUCAGUAAUGAUUUGAUGUGUUUGAGGAAUCAUAACCUUGGUUUGCCCAGGCUUCACCAAGUCAUCAUAUCAUUUUGUCAGGCACAGGAAUCAUAACCCUGGUUUUUAAAGGCUUUAUGAAAUCAUUUGAGGAAUCAUAACCUGUGUUGUCAUAGCUAAGAAUCAUAACCACGAUGUUGCAAGACUUAUUAAAUCAUUUGAGGAAUCAUAACCCCCACUAUCGCAUUGUUAAAAUCAAAGUAUCACUCAUUGUAGCUUGAGAGUAUACUGUCAGUGGAAUCAUACCCCCCUCCCCCAAAUUAAAGAAUUUCCCAAAUCCUUUCAUUUCAGAUAUGUGAAUAUACAGGAAAUCAUCGCAAUGAUUUUUGCUUUUGUUUAUUUGGGUCUUAAAAUUAUGUUCAGAUACAUUUUUUUUUUCAAACAUUUCCCUUUUUAAUAACAAUUUGAAAAAUGCUUGGUGAACUGAAGUAACAUAAGCAAAAUUCCAGAGUCUCCCCACAAAUUGCACUGUGAAGUGUGCAGAUCAAAAAUAAUCCAAUAUGGAAAAAUAACAAUACACAAGGAAUCAGUGUAGAUAACAGCUGUCCGAGAAAACGUAAGUUUAAUGGCGAUGUUAUAUAUACAAAACAAUGUUGUCUGAAUGUUAAUAAAAGAUAAUCAAGUUCGUGUUUAAAUUAAUAAACAUUAAUAGACCAGUGAAAUCCAAUUAAUAAUGAACAAAUAUCAAUAAACAAUGUAAAAUAACAAAUUUGUUUUAUGCUGCAAUGCGCCAAAUUGCGCGAUUGUGGCAAUCCUUACUAUUGUGUGACAAUGUUUGCGUUAAUUGAUUUGACUCAAGUUGAAAAAUUUUUUCGACCAAAGGGGAGAAAUUGCUCCUUCGAGAAGGGAUUUUUGACGAAAUAUACAUGGAAGUGCAAAAUCCAGAAGAACUUAUGAAAGUGUUACACAAAUGUACUUGAUAAUCCUUCUGCUAAAAGCCAGUUGAAUUCAUUUGUUGAGCAAGCAAUUAUAUCAUGUCAGAAUUAGAGAAUUAAAUAGGAGAUCAAAACAUAUUCCCCUUGGACAUCCUCUUUUAGAGACUAGUGAAAUCCAGUAUUUACUCCUUAAGCCUGACAAUAUCAAUAAACAAAUUCUGUGAGACUGAUCAUGAUAUCCCAUACAUCUCAUUAUAGAAAAUUUGAUAGAGGAUCAAAACUUAUUCCCUUCGGAGAUGACUAUUUCUAUGAAAGUUCUCAGAACCUUCUCUCUUGAUGACAUAUUGAUAUUGCCAGUAGGAACUGAUUGACAUUCAGGGUCACUAUUAGGAAUUCUAAGGUUCAAUACUUAUAUACAUGUAUAUUAUAAAUUAUAACCACUUCUCUCCCAGAAUGGCAUGCAAUUGUCAAAAGUAUCUGACAAGAUUUUUAAAUUUCAUUCUGUAAAGUGCUAAAAAAACAGAUAGCGCUAGAGUUAUGCCAAAGAGGUUUCAUUUGAAUGGUCAUACCACAGAAUUUCAUCAGCAGAUUUUAAAUCUAUACAAGUACAAGAGUCAUUAUUCAUUCUGGGAAUGAAGAGAUAAUUAAUACAUCAUUCUGUUGUUGAUCUACUGGUUUGUGUCAGUGACCUAUACUAGCUGGAACACUACACUUUGUGUUUUAAAUUUCAAUAUUUUGCGUCAGCCUAAAAUAUUAAGAUUAGCUGGACUUUUGGGCUGCUAUUCAAGGAACCUGAGUGAUGCGGGAAUUCAAAUCCCAUAUAAAAUGACAUGAUGCUCAGUAUAUAACAAAUUAGAGUGAAAUCCCUAAAAGAGGACAAUGCGGGUUUGAUUCAGGCUUGAAUUGAAUCCUUACAGAGACUUAUAAUAAACUCCAACACAUUUCAUCAAAUUAUAUAGACAUAAUUAAUUUCUUUACCCACAACAUCAAGCAGUGCCUGUAUGGGUAAAAAUAUUGGUUAUUUGUCCUAAACACCCUUAUGCGGUGCGAUCAAAGCCAGGGUUAUCUCCUACCUGUCCCAGAUUCUGGGAUAUACAUGACCAGACCUGCCAGGGUCUCUCGACGGGUAGGAGAGAAAACCUGGGAAACAGAUUGGAUCAAAACCUGUAAAUCCAACACCUAAAUAAUCAAGCAUCCCUAUCAAUUUUAUUAUGGGAGUCCACACUCAUCCACAAGGAUAAAUCCUUUUAUUGGAAUUAGGACUGCAGAUAGACCAUAAAAGUCAGUAAUUUUUCACUGUGUUUGAAUUUCAUGUCUAAUUAGGCACUCUGUUUAUCCACAAAAGAAUUCAAAGGCUAAUAUUGCUUCCUAAUUAAUCUCCUAGGAUGUUCGUACAAUCAACCAUUUGAUUGCACUAUGGGACAAUUCAAAACAUUGAAUCAUUUGAGAUUUUACUGAUUGUAUUAAGAGAAACAGCACAGUCUUUUAAAGACAACCAAAGAAUAAUUUAGACCGAACCUUUCAAAUAAGAUCCUUUAAUGGACCAAAAAAUGUCUAUUUUAAUAUUGCCAGACCUGCCAACUCUCACAAUUCUGGCUUCAAAGACUCUCAUGAUUUUUCACUUGUCUCAUGGCCCCACAACAAGACUCCCAAUCUCAUGUUUUUUGGGGAGAUAUCUUUCUGAAAUGAAAUGUUACCUUGUUGAAUAUAAAACAGAAAUUCUGUGGGGAUGCUAGUGCCAGUGUUUAACCUUAAUGGGGCUUUGUAAGAAUUGGCAGGUCUGUAUUGCUAUCUCUUACACAUGUAGCCUCACUUACACUGUCCUUAAUCAGUAAAAUCUCCCUGAAAGAGAAAUGGUGAUGAGUCAACAGCCAUAGAUAAACUAUCCUCGGUCUCCACCAGUGAGGGCGCAGUGCCCCAGCAGCCACCAUGAGGUUGCUGCGUUCACUUGAUGGGCCCAAAGAUAACUUACCUAUGCUUGUUUGAGGCUUUCUAGUUAAUGCUAGCCUGCCCCUCUUUUGUUGUGCACGUAAGGCUGCAUCAGCAGUAGAUGUUGUACAGCACCUCAGAGGGGUCAGACUAGCUGAUGGAGCCUUAGCUGCUGGCAGUGGAACAUUCUCUUUUGCCAGCUCCAUCAGGUCUUUGACAGACACUUGCUGACUGGGUGCCUUAUUACCACUAAGAAGAGCCAGCAGGCGACUUCCCCUGCGUUGAUUUUCCCUGGCUGUUUUCCUGCCUCUCUCCAAACUGAUCUUGCGUUUCAGGAGAAGGUCAGAGCGUGCAUCCUCAUCCUCAGAAUCGUAAACUACCACUUCCUUUGCUUCCACUGGGGCAAUCGUACUUCUCAGCUCCUUUAUCUCUUCACUGCUCAACUCCUCCCUUUCCAAUGCUUUCCUUACUUCCCUGUCUCUCUUUUCCUGGAAGUUAACAUUUUGGUACAUUUAUGAGACAUUGAUUAAUUGAAGCCAUUGUGGAAAGAAAGGAACAGCGGUUUGUUAACAAAUAAUUAUAAUAGUUAUAAAUAAUGAUACAAUAAUAACAACUGGUCAGUGGCACUUCAGUAACUGUAUAGCGAGGUUUUUCCAGAAUCUAUCCACAUUCUUAGGAUGUGUCCUUUGAAAUGCAUGGAAUGUGACACCACAAAGGCCCUGGUCCAUCUGAUGUCAGUAAUCACGUGAAUUAAUGCACAUGCAAGUGAUGCAACAAUCAUUAGUCAAUUCGCAAGCACACGUAGUGUACACAAGUACAUGUGCUAGGCACUUUAAUAAGCUUACAUUUAUUUAUGUGAAUUCAUUCAAAUUUAAUUUCUCACUAAUCCCUCGUUAAUUAUCUUAAUCUGCCAGCUGUAAACAACCAGGCAGUGGAGAAUACAUUAAUCCUGUCCCUCACUUGUCCUGGCAUGAACACCCUACCUCGAUAUCCCUCCAUUCACUUUCCCUCAUCUAAGCCAUUUGAGUAUGAAAGUAAAAAAUAUAGUAUAAUCCUACCAUUGUUAAGCGGUUCCUUUUGUUAAGAAACCGCUGUCUCCUUCUUUUCUCCUUGUCUGCCUUAAUUUGAGCUUGGUGUCUUUGACUCCUAUAAUAUCUUUUAAUCCUUUUUCCAAUAAUGCUUCUUGUUGGUAAUGACACACCACUUGAUGACAUCAUCUCUCUUACAUACUCGACCAUCUCAGUUCUCACAGAGUCUUGAACAUCUGACCAAGGCACUGUUACGAAUUUUAAAUUAUUGCCGUUAGCACAAAUAGAAUUUAAAACAGUCAAUACACCCCACUCGAGUAACAUCAACUGAUAAUAAAUUAAAUUUAAUAUAUGGACAAUACGUGUUCCCAACUUCAAUUUUCAAACUAAACACAUACAAUACAUCCGACUUCUUAACUAACAUUUAAGAUGCAAAUAUUCUUUCAGGAUUCAAUUAUACAUUUGAUUUCCUCCCACUAUAUCUACUGGUAAUAAAUUAUAGGAAGAAUAAGGUUGUCUAAUUAUACCUUCUCCUGGAUUAAUUUGAUCCUUGAAUUCAAAUUCAAAUGCAUCUCGUAUAAUGUCCUGUGAAAUAUUUCAACAAGAGCAUAUCUGUUGAAUUGUAAUUAAGUCAACAUGUAAUAUGGAAGGGUCUCACUGUCUUACAAAUCUCCGCCACAUAAUUUAAUAUAUGUUGUGCUCAUUAUAAGUGGAAGGAAAUAUCACUGAGUCAAUUAAAUGGUUAAUAUAUUUUUUGCGAUAUGUGGAUCUAUAGGUAGAUUAUGUUUUCCCUAUUAUUCAGAUUUGCCUCAAAACCCAAUAUAUGAAAUAAAAAUGCACCUUGUUCAUCUUUUUUAUUAUUAUUUUUGAAGCAAUUAGGGUAGUAUUUUUUAUGGUUUCAUUACAUUUUAUAAUGAUAUGAAUAUAAGAUAUUAUAUUAACCCUCGGACGUACAAGCAAAUUCAUACCCCCACCAUGGUACAAGGGGGGGGGGGACUGGGUGGAUGGAACCCAUCCCCAGAGUUUUUGAUACGUUGCAGUAUUUUGAAACGAUAUUUUACCUUUGGUGGAAAGCCUUUCAUCUUCUCUACAAGAUGAGGUAUAUUUUAUGGGUGGUGGUGCUGCUGGGGGCCUGUGACGUCACCAACAAUGGUUGCCAUCUUGGUUGCAAUCUUGGAUUUUACCAAGGAUUAGAAAUCAGGUUAAAAUCGUGAGAAAUGGUGAUUUUUUUGUGCUUCAGAUGAAAAAUAACACACAAUUAAGCACUUUGUAUGAUUUUGGCCACAAGAUUUAGUUAUUUUUGAAAAAGUUGGAAAAAAAAAAUGUACUUUCACUCAAAAAUGGCUUGACCACCUCUUACUUGAUGUCAUAUCUCGUAACCAUAGAAAUGGACCAUGACCAAAAAAUUAAACUUGACUCAAAAUAUGUGCGAGGGAUGAACGAAUAGCUACUGAAAAGAUCCUCUGGGAGAAAACCUUAUGGGCAGGGGGCUGGCAUCCAACUCCCCGCCAUUGUACGUCCGAGGGUUAAUGAGUUUUAUAGAUUUAUUUUGUCACAAAUUAUUGAAUUAUUUAUUAAUUGGAUUUUUGUAUGUAAAUUUGAAAAUGUGUAUGUACUGUAGUUCUUUGUGUCCCCGGGGGGGGGGGGUACUGCCAUAUAUGGGCUAUAUAGGUAUGUGCCGCCGGGAAGGGUAUGGUUUUCAAGCAGUUUACUCUAGGAUAGAGUAUAUAAAUCAGAGCGUUUGGGUCUAGAAUAGGGUAUCAUUUUUCAGGAAACUGAGCAGUUGGUUGAAGAUUUUAUCUAGACUAGGUAAACAGCUACUCUAGGAUAGGGGGAUUUGGGGAGUUUACUCUAGUAUAGGGUAGCAAAAUUCAGCUGAACUAGCUCUGGUAUAGGUUAAGGGUUCCAGGGUCCCAGCGGCACAUCCCCACCCAGAAAUUCUUAAAGUACCCCCCCCCCGGGUUUGUGUCAUACAAGGUUUUCAGUUCAUAACAUUUUUUAAUCUAUGAAAUAAUGACAGAAGGACUUCAGUUGCAGACUGUAGAGGACCGAACUUUGAACAAGUGAUUUUAGUGCCCUACCCGGCUCCAAAAAGCGCUCAAAUUUGUGCCCCCAACUGAGUCAGAUCAGUUACAGAGUUUAUUUUAAAAAAGUAGCUCACAGGAUAUAUUAAAAGUGGAUUGGCCAUACACUACAUAGCGUGAAAAUCAAGUAAAAUGUCCCGUCGAAAUAUACAUCUGAAAGAUGCAGCUGACGUCAACAAAUGUCCUAGUAUAUAGUUUUUUCCCCCAAAAGCUAGCGUUUAAGUAAAUUGUAACAUUUGGCUUUUACUUACCAGUGGUACAACUUUUGACGGUGCAGGUGACUAGAGGAAAACAAAAGGGAAGAAUUUUUUGUCAAUUAAGUGUUGUCAUGAAACCACUUAAUUAAUUAUCAAGCAAACCCGCAACAAAAACAACACACUUAACUUACGUGACUUUUCGCAAUUGCUUGCUCAACAAAGGAAUUCAACUGGCUUCUAGCCGACGGAUUAUCGAGUAACACUUUCAUAAGUUCUUCUGGGUUUUGUACUUCCAUUUUUCGCCAAAAAUCCCCCUUUGAAGGAGCAAUUUCUCUCCUUGCGUCCACCGAAAAAUUUCAACUUGCGUCAAAUUAGCGCAAACAUUGUCACGCAAUAAUAAAGCUCGCCACAUUCGCGCAAUUUGGCGCUAUCUCGCGAAAAAGGAGCACCAAAAUAUCCAGCAGAUCGUACAUGUAUGACAAACCAAAGAAUUAAAUACAGAUUAUUUAAGUUAGUUCAGAAUGGCAGAUUAUCAGACGUGUUUCUGCCCCGAAUGCCGAGGUUGCUUGCGCUCAAGACGGACUGUUUUCAGACAUCGGAACCUUUAUGGAUUAGAUCGGUACACGGAGAACAUCAAAUGCAGCGGGCAGCCAUCUAAAAAAGCCAAAUUUUCCAAUUUAAGGACAUCAGAGAUACCAGGUAAGUCUUUUCUUCUAUUGAUAGCACUUUGUCGAUUUAAAUACAUAUGUAUGCCGCGUAAAUCUUCAACUGGGAAAACUUACUGGGAAAAGUGGAUUUGGGACUGGACUUGAGGAAUUUGGAAUUCAAAAUCGCGGAUUUGCAAUCAAGGAAUAUGGACCAUUCGGCAAAAUAAGUCAAAAAAAGUUAAUUUAAUUGGAAAAAGCAAAUGGAUUUGAUUGAAUUACAACGGAAUUUUUAACUUCACAUGAUGGUGCAUUUCUAUUUUUUUUUGUAUCUUAUUUCUUCAAGAUGCCGCUGGUCAGCCAGCUGGACAUGACAACCCUCCCUCUAUUGACAUCAAAUCUGGGUCAUGUGAGGUGAAUGUCACUAAUGAUGCUCACACUCUUAUUGGUGAGUCACAUCAAGAAGUACUUUUAUUACAAGAAAUGAUUUUAGAUUUUUCUAGAAAGUAGGUAUGAUAGAAGGGCUUGAAUUCUCUUUUCCUGGACAUUACUGUCAGUUGUCUUUGUGCUACUUUCAGCCCUGGAUAUAACACUAACUCUGGCUUCUGAAAGUCAGCAAAUUGACUCCUAAAUACGGGGAAGAGGAGGGAACUUCUCAGUUGUUUUUAGCAUAAGAUACAGAGGCGGAUCCAGGAUUUUUUUUAGGAGGGGGUGCACUCGUCUCUUUCUCUACUUCAACACCAAUAAACUACAUUUUUUUUUGCAGAAUACCAGUUGUAUUAGAAAACCGCAGGUCAUCUCAGGGGAUGGGGUGCACACCCCUUCACCCUCCCCUAGAUCAGCCCCUGAGAUAUAUGUUACAAGUCAAUCAAAUUCAGCUGAAAAAAAUUUCAACCUAAUAUGAUAGGUUGAUUCUCAAUUUCCUUUGUCUCCAAACCCUAAUUCAUGUGAAUAAUAUUAUUGGGGCUAGGAGACAAAGGAAACAGACAAUAUGUACCUAGAUAGAAAAAUUUAACCUGAACUUAAUUUUGACAUGUAUUGUGUAUACAUGAUCGUCAAAGAAAAAAGAAAGUCAACUUUAAAAGAGGCACAGUUUAUAUAUUUUUUUUUCAUCUUUGGUCUUAUAAUUAUGUAUAGCCCCAUUGGGAAAAUAGAGUUUCAUCCCCACUUAAUACUCUUUAUGCUUCUGAGACAGCAGUCACCAUAGUAUUUAGUAUUUAAUUCAGGAAUAAACACACAAAAACAUACCGACACCAUUUCCAAAGCUUACAUUUCAGCUUUAUUUUUUUAUAACAGUCAUAUACAACAUUUUUUAUUACUUGCAAACUUAAUCGAAAAACAAUAACAUUCAAGUUUGACUUGGAUAUUUUAAUGUUGCAAUUAAGACCACUCAGUUUAAUAAUAAUUAAUUACUUAUUAAUAUAAUACAUUAUUACUCCUCCUCAAAAUAUGUUUUGUUUUCUACAUUAAAAAAUAAUGAAAACAUAGACUCAUUGCUUGAGAACAUCUAAUUGCCAGUAUUCUUAGCAGCCACCUUAAAUGUUGGAUUUUGUUUGCUCCAGGUGAAGUUCAAGGAUCUGUGAUAGACAUGACAUGUAGCAAUAAUAACAUCAGUGCUGAGGAAACUAAAAUGCAAAUUUAUUCAGGUAUAUUUUUUAUCAAUACCUUUAUCAUGAAUUUUACUGAAUCAAAACAACCUUACCAGUAUAUAGUGAGAUAAAUCUUAAAAGCAAUGCCUAUAAUCCUUGCUAGUAGGAGAAUUCGAUGUAAAAGUGACAGGCCAGGUAUUAUUUUGGGUGCCUUGAAUUAGCCAAGGAUUUUUGGGGGUAUCUUAAACAACGUUAUUGGCGUAUGGUAGUGCUAGUGCCACACGUCUUCUUCUGUUGGUUUUGAUUUAACCUCUUUUCAAUUAUCCCUGUCAAUUUAACUCUGGGGUACUCUAUCCUGGUGGUCAUUGGCUUUGUAGUUAAUUGCAUGGCUAUGAUUGGAUCAUCUGUAAGGAUCAGUUAAUGAAUUAACUACAGGCAACAUAACCUUCAAUCACACAGAUGUUAAUGGGAAGAGGUGACACCACUUUACUCAUCUCAUAGUGGGGUCCUCUUCCUUGGGAGGAAUAAUUCCCCAUACUGAUUACAAUUUUAACUUUUUCAGGUGAAAAUGGACUUGCUGACUUUGAAGAAAGUGACAAGGAAGAUCAAGGGAUUGCUGUCUUAAAAGGUAUAAUUUUUACUUUCAUGAAAUCUGUAUCAGUUUAGAAUUGAAAUCAAAGUAACCCUCAAUUUGUUUGGUAGACUUUAAUGAGCAUACACAGGGUUGUCACUAAGAUUUCAAGUUGCCGGGUAAAUACAACAAGUAGGCGGGGAAUCAAAUGGCCAGGGAUUUCUUUUGGUUCUAUUUUUCUUCUAUUUUCCGAUAAAAGUAGCCGGGGGAAAAUCCCCUGCCCCCGGCUCUUAAUGACAACCCUGAUACAGAACAGAGAAUUAAUACAGAUGUUUAAUGCACCUGUCCAUGUAAAGCCUGAGGGGGGGAGGGGGGAUUGAGGAAGGGCAUUGCAUAAGGAUUUGAAUGUUUUCUGUUGGCCCUGGAGUUAAGCAUUUGACUAAUGUUCUUCUGGGGGGUGGGGUAUUUGAACCUUCCUUUUUUUACCGAUGUGGCAUGUGGAGAUAUUGACCACUAACUCAGACUUGUCAAGACCGAUCACAUGUGUUCCACUUCACCCAUGUGCCGUACAGUCUGGAAAUCAAGAAUAAUUAUUAAACUUAAGACUUUUUAACCUUUUUGUUGUUGUUCACAAAAGAUCAUAACAUCACAUUCUUAUAUCUUAUAUCCAUGGGACAGGGCCAUUAGUUGGAAUUCUAUAAUUGAGAUUAAACAACAAUGUGCAGCUCCCCACCAACUUCACAUUGAUAGGUGCAUAAGGGAACUAUUAAUAAUUGUCUAGGAAUUUAAUAUUAGGAUGAUCUGACUGAUCAGCUGCCGGAGGACAACAACUUAAUACUGUCUCAUGUGUGAUUGGUUGUGGAUAAUCAAUUCAAAAGCUGACUGCAGCUAAAUCUACAUUAACAUGUAUUCAGCACUACAAUGAGCUGCUUGUUUGUUCUCAGGGUUUCUGUCUAUGAGAGAGACUUUUUAAAUUCAUUGUUUAUUGCCAAAUAUAUGUAACUUAAAAACUACAGUCUUUGAAGAAUGCAUGACUGUAAAUACUAAAAUACUUCUGGUAAUUCACACCCCUAGACACUAUAGAACUAUUAGACUGCAGCACUGAAUCCGAAGCAGACGAGAGGAAAGACAUGAUGGAAGGAGAAAGUGCUGCAGUAAAUGGUGCAGACCAGUGCAAGGAGGAAGAGCUGAAAGAAGAUGUCAUAAAGACAAAAGAAGAAGGGAAACUAAUUCGCUGGAUUUCGUUAAUACUUUUACGUUUAAAACUAUCAUUUAAUUUAUCUAAUGCUAUUUUUUCUAUGUUGCUAGAUCUUAUUUAUUUCAUUUUUUGGGUAAUACGUCAUCCCUUAUAUAUGCUUUUCCCAAAGUCAAUCAGUGACCUUGAAACCAUUGCCAAUCUUAAGGUUCUCAACAAAACAAUACUUUUUGCUGUUUGCCCCAACCCCAAAUGCUCGUGUCUCUACCAGAUGAAUGAUAUUAGUUCUGAGAGGGAUGGGGUUUUAAAGCCUCGCUUAUGCAGGAACAAAUUAUAUGGGAAAAGGUGUAAUGCAGAACUUUCUUUUGAACGAAAGCUUUCAUUUGGAAAAACUAAAAUGAUUCCAUAUAAGACAUAUCCCUUUUUAGCACCUUCUGAGUGGAUAAAGACAUUUUUUUAAUCUGGAAGAAUUCUUAAAUCUCAUAAGAAACCGCCUGAACCAUCAACAACUGAUUAUAGGGACAUAUGGGAUGGGCGUAUUCUUCAGGAAUUUCUAAUGGAUCCUGAUGACAACACAAAGCCUCUUCUGAAGGACAAAAUGAAUUUGGCACUUUUACUUUACCUAGAUUUUUUCAAUCCAUUUCAACGAGCGGUUUAUUCAUGCGGAGCCCUGUACAUGAGUGUCCUUAACAUUCCAAAGAGUCAGCGUUUUAAAGCAAAGUGGUCAAUGCUGAUCGGUCUAAUUCCAGGUCCAUCUGAACCUGAGGGUCACAUCAAUACUUAUUUGACCCCAAUUGUAGACGACUUGAUCAUGUUAUACAAAGGAAUUCACGUUCAAGUACUUGGGCCUGAGGUCAUCUUCACCCGUUCUCUACUUCUUCCAGUACUUGCAGACAUACCAGCCUCAAGGAAGUUAUCACAAUACAAGAGUCACAAGGCCGAUCUUCCAUGUGAUAAAUGUAUGUUUCGGGCAGUUCGAGAAAAGGGCACCAGAGGGGCAAGUGGCAAGAUGAGUUUUUACACAAGCGAGAAAUCACCAGCACGGACUGACAGUGAGGUACGAAAGGCAAUGGGUAUAUAUAGAAAGGCAACAACAAAAGCAAGUGCACUAGCAAUGUCUCAAAAAACAGGAGUAAAGUACAGUGAACUGGCUCGUCUGCCAUACUUCAACAUGGUUGAAAAUUUCUUAAUUGAUCCCAUGCACAGCAUCUUGAUGGGCCUUGUUUCAGACCUUGGGGAAGAACUUAUAACUAAUUCCAACAACUUGAUGACAGAGGAGGAGAGAGACAUCUUGGCAAACAGAUUGAAUGCUGUGAGGGUGCCCUACGAUCUUGGAAGGCUACCAAAGACAAUGCUCGACAAGAUGUCAGCGCGAGGGUUGAAAGCACAACAGUGGAAGAAUUUCAUUGUCACCUAUGCAAGGGUCUGUUUAUGGAAUGUAGUACCAAACAGAUUUUAUGAUGCCACAAAAUGUCUUGCUGAGGCAGUUGAACUGCUUCUGAAAGACCCCAUAACAAGGGAUGAAGUAAACAAUAUCUCUUGUCUUCUUCACAAGCACCAUGGACUGUAUUCAAAAGUGUUUGGAAAAUUUGAGGUAAGUGUUAAUUAUCACAUGACUCUACACAUCCCUGAGCUCAUUCAGAAUUGGGGACCUCCUACCAGCUGGUGGUGCUUUCCUUAUGAAAGACACAUUGGUCUGUUAGGAGAUGUCAACACCAGUGGGAAAACUGUAGAAGAGGAGAUUUUUAGAAACUUUGUCAUGCAGCAUUUAAUUGAUGUUGCAAAGUUACCACUACUUGACAAGGUAAGUGAAAAUGAUAUUCCCUCUUCUUUAAAGCCACUUAUGAAACACAAAGACAGUGAACAUCUGGAAGAGGGAACAGAAGAAUGGUCAGUUUUUCAAAGAAUCCAAGCAGAACGUCUUUUCAGAGGGACAGAAAAUAUGUACAUGGCACCCUCAAGAACAUCUGUGACCAAUUUGGACAUCCAAAUGACAGUUGAACAAGAGGACAUAGACAAAAUCGACCAAAAAUGGCCUGUUAAGAUGCUUCCUCCAAUGAGGAUCAAGCAAAGACCAAAGUUUGAAUUUUACAAUGAGCUGAAAGAUUACAUGUCAGACAUCCAUGAGGAUUCAUUUCUGUUUGUCGAGCCCCAUAUAGAUACCUUUGCGAGAUGUAUGGUAAAUGGUUCCACCUUUUCAUCCUCUUACAACAGAACUGACAGGGGCCAGACAGCUCUGAUCUAUUGUGUGGACAAAUUAGACAAACCUGAAAGUAAAACUGAGGUUUCUCCUUACUUUGUUCAGGUACGUUAUUUUUUUACUGCACGAGUUCAUUUGAAAGACUUGAUGGGAGCUACUAGUAUGCGAGUUCAUCACCUUGCAAGUGUGGACUGGUUUUAUUUUGCCAACAAGAACCAUGAUGCGGAUAAACUCUCUGGACUUCCUGCAGUAAAGAACAGCUUUUAUCGUGGAGAGCACAUCGUAAAUGUUAGACGGUUGAUACGGAGAGUGACUUUGCUUCCAGUCAAAAAGAACUAUCUUCUGGUAGCUAAUCUGAGUCGAUGACUAGAGUACAGCUGUAUGCAAAUCACUAAAUAGCACAAUAAGGAGACACUACUCAUUUACAUCAUUUCUGUUUACUAACGAGCACUUCAUACAUGUACAAUAAUAGUUAUUUUAAUUCGCUUCCAAAUUAUACAGUUUGGAAUAAUAUUAUAGUUUGACAGUCUCAAUAUAUUUGAUUUAAUGUUUGAAAUUGUUUACCACUAACAACUAUAUACUUUAAUUGCUGCAAAAUAUGUAAUUGUAAAAUAAUAUGAAAUAAAACAAUAAUGGACACUGCACCCAUACUGACCCUGAUCCUUCCACAUACCUAUGAAAUUACUAUAUUUGUGCCAGAGAAAACAUUGCAAAGGUGACCGGAAAAUUGCUAUGAAAAUCUUGUUCAUUUAUUUGUACAAUAUAAUCUUCCUUCAAAACUAUUCCCACACUGAAGAGAACUACAUUAUCAAGUUAAAGGGGGGUGAAAGAAAAGAAGAUAAGAUUAAGUGAAAGGUAUCUGUUCACCAUUUGGAAAACACAUUUUGCACCUCACAUUUUGUAUUCUUUAUCUAUUUACUAACUAAAAGAAACAACAUUUUCGAUAGGUUUAAGUCUUUUUGGCCUUGUAGUGAACAGAAAAGGGCUUGGAAAGCUUAAACAGGCAUUGUUCAUAAAAAGGACAGGAAAAAAGGGUAAAUUUUUUGCACUGUGAUUACUAUAGUGCAUCAUGAGAAAAGCUUGAUUCCUGUGUUUUUUAAAGGUCUCUGUUUGUCACCUUUAUUUGAUAAACUUGAGUCUGGAAGAGAAAUAAUAAUUUUUGUUUUGGAAAAAGUCUGAAAAAAGUCUUGAAUUUUGGAUCCAAAACUCUGUGAAACAUGCACUUUUAAAAGUAGACAAAAAAGUCUGCAAACUGAAAAAGUACCAAAUGGGCAAAAAAAACCCUUGAAAAUACAUUUGAAUGAGCUGCCCAAAAUUGUCAAUGUGCAUCCACUCUCAUUGGGCUCUUCCUACACAUGUGAUGUCAUCAGUUUACCAUUAGACAUUACCGUCUAACCUCUCCUUAUAAACACCUCUAUAAUACGGACACGUCUCUAUAUAUUAUGGACAGUUCAUAUUUAAAAAGGUGGGGAAUCGAAAAGUUAGAAAGUUCUUUGCAUUUGGUUCCAUUUUGCCUUGGUUUCCCUACAAAAAGUAACCAAGGAUCAUGCUCAAAAAGUAAAAUGCUUGCUCCUUGGCCACUGGUGGCAGCCCUGCCUUUAAAAAAAAAUCAGUUGUUGGGUGUUCAGGCCUAUAUAUAAUUCUCGACUGAUAGUCAAUAUCUAUGACAAGUACAAAAAGUAAAAUAAGAGAACAAAUUGUACUUAACAUUUCAAAAUUUCUGUGUUGUUUGAUCAAGUCUGGAUCUUAAAAACUCAUUGUCACUUAAGUGCAACAUUUUAUUAAAGUUCAAGGUUGUGCUCUAAGGCUGUAACACCUAGGGUGCCCAGCAUAUGAUUUGAAUGAAAAAAGUAAGACUUUCAAGUUGCUUGAGAGCAAGAGUUAUAGGAGCGGGGUGAAUAGGCGAAUGGAUCGGCGGAUUUUGAAAAUAUUUUUGCCCACAUUUUGGAUUCAAAGCAAGAUUUUAACGGAUUUCCGGAUCCUGUAAUUGCAGCGGAUUGCGGAUUCAUCGACUUUUUAGGCCCGGAUUUUGGACUUUGCGUGUAAUAAAAAUUUUUUUGCCCAGAUUUCGGAUUCAGGGCGAAAUUUUAACGGCGGAUUUGGCCAAUAAAUCAUAACGGAUUGGCGGAUUUGCAUACCCCUAUUCAGCCCCCUCUUAUAGGAGCCAAUGGGCUCUGCUAGAGAACAGCUCUGAUUAAUUAAAAUAUUUGUGUUUCAUUUUAAUUUGGACCUGUUUGACCCCAAGGGUAAUCCAGAUUUCAAAUAAUGGGGAUAAUUGAAUGGGGGCUAUCACCAACAAUCAUCAUAAUAAUAAUCAUAUACCUUAACUGGUUUGGUGUCAUUUAAAAUGUUGUUUAACUCAAAUGAAUGAUUUUAUACACUUAAUUACUUUGUGCAUUGUUCAAAUCACCAUUGUAAAUUGUGAUUUAUAGUUUAAAUUAAUUUAAGGUUAUAUUAUUAAUAUAGAUAUUGUCAUUCAAUAUUCUGUCAAAUUUACUCCAAAAAGUAUGCAAAUUAGUGUUAUUUUCUGCUAUACAAAAUGAGCUGUUUUAUUUAGUUUGAUGUAAAACAGGUCUUCCUGCUAUCAUACAAAUUAUAACAUCAGUGGUAUUGUUUUUUUUUUGUGUGUGAAGGCCUCUUUGUGUUAAAUAAAUUACCCAACCAGCAAAAGGCAACAGUAUAAAGGUAGUAUACACAUGUUUUUGACGUUAACAAGCUUCUGUUAUGAGUACCAUCACUUGAAUGUAAAUGUAUUACCAUUUUAUUUAUGAAGCAAAGCAAGAAAGUUUACCUUUAAAAGGUCCGGCCUGCAUCCAUGGAUGAUCACGAUCUUCAACUACCUUCAGAUUAAACGAUUUCAACUUGAAAGUUUCAAUAACAUACAAUAGGAUUUUCGUGUUAGAUCAGAGGUACACGGUCAAAUCUCGUACCAAGCCCCUUUCAAGUUUUAGUUUAUGCGCGCACGCUAGGAACUACAAGACUUCUUCUGCUACACUUUUCAUAUUUGUCUUCGUUUCAACUUCGUCUGAUCCUAGUUCGGUUUAUGACAGUUCGACGACCGAUCUUUCACUCGUGAAUCCAACGUUCCCUUUUGUUCCCUUUUGUUGGGCACAAGGUUAUGAUUCCACAAACGAUUUCAUAACAGCAGCGAAUCGCCUGGUGAUGAUUCCAGACACUCACGGUUUCGUACGUUAUGAUUCCACGAAUGAUUUUGACUUUGCUGAAAAAAUCAUCACUUAUGAUUUAGCAGAACUUCAGUCAUCAUCACAUAUGAUUCCGGGACAAUUUGAUUCGCUUGACAAAAUCAGCGGGCAAUUCUCCCGAUGAUUCUCAAGCCUGUAAAAAUCAUAUAUGCUAAUUCAUGUGCCGUUUAAAAUUCGUCUUUUGAAUUGCAUCGAACGAUUCCACAAGACAAUUUCCUGUGUGGUUUCUCAGGUCUUGGCUCAGGAGCAGAAGCUAAUUUGAAACAAGGGGAAACAUCAGAAAAAACCCUUGGAUUUUUCGUACAAAGAACAAAGAAAGGAAAGCUGCCUAUUUCGUAUGAGAAUCGCGCCAAGGGCAAAAAGGUCACAGUAAUCGCUAAUGUGUCGGGGGAUGCCAACAUCUUACUUCAAGAGUUGAAAAAGAAAAUCGGAACUGGAGGAGUUGUUAGAGGAGAAACUGUAGAGUUACAAGGAGAUCAUCAAGUUCAAGUGGAAAAAUUUUUACUGAACCACAAAUCUUGUUUAAAGUAGAAAAUUCACUCUCCCUCCUCCCCUAGGGAAAUUUGUGUCAUUUAGUGUUAAUUGUACCCACAGUUCCUUGCGCAUAUAAAAACAAAAUGGCCGCUGACGAUGAGUUAGCAAACUUUACGAGUACUUUCCAGAGUUUGAGCUAACUCGGAGAUGAAAUGAAACUGAGAGCUGUUUUUAACAGGCAACGGGAAGUUCUGGAAUUAUUAGGGGAUGCAAUUACCCUUAAUGAUUGCCGGGAAGCUGUAUGCAGAAGGUUUAACCUGAGGUAAGUACAUCGAUUCUGUCUCUAGUGACCGUAAAAAAUCUUUUCCAUUUGUAUGACUCUCUGCUUUGAUUAUGCAAUACUCUUUCUUGCUUUUUCAUCUAGUGCCAGAGGUAUUCUGUUGUUUUGUUUUUCUUUGGUUUGCACAAAACCAUGAUAUGGAUUCAUGUUAUUAAAUGAAUAAUGCAUCAAUCAAUUCCAGGUGUGCCCAUGCCCCCCCAUUUGGCAGCUCAAGUUGCCCCCCUCCCCUUUAGGCCGGGACAGGGGGACAUGGGCACACCUGCAAUAGACCUUUUUACUGAUACAGUGGCCAUAUUGAAUUUAUUAGAUUUAAGGAGUAUUAUAGGAUGCCUAGGGGGCACUUGCUCAGUAUUUAUGCACGCUUUUCAGGUAAACAGAGAACUUCACUGUAUAAUUCUCAGAAAAAAGGUAAUCAUUAUUACAUCCAAACAGGGCACAAUGAUCUUUUUUCCCAUUACAAUCUUUUUGUAGGAAAACUUAAAGAAAAAUAAUGUUCGCCUGAAAAGUGCACGUAAAUACUAGUGAGUAUACUGGAUCGUUCUCAUGCACAAUACUCCUUAAAUCUAAUUAAUUCAAUAUGGCCGCCGUAUCGGUGAAAAGGUCUAUUGAUUUGGCAUUGCAUGGAAAUUUGUUCUCAGUAUCAUUCCAUACUUGACAACUUACUAUUGAAACUGUGUCAAUUCUCUUUUCUUUCUGUUUUUUGGUAGAAGAAACAACUUUAACUUAAGUCUUAAUGGCCAGGAUAUUUUGGAUAAUGAUAGUGUCCCACUCAAAGACUUGGGAAUAGUGAAUGGGGACUUGAUCUAUGUGAUAACUGCCAGAGACUCGGAGCAACAUGGAGAUAACCCAGGAAAUCAAUAUGCAGAUUUCCUUGCUGAUCAACACCCUUUCCAACACUCUCCUGAAAGAGGUGAAUCCCUCCAGGUAAUAAACAUGAUAAAUCAUUACACCAUAUUGAAGUAUGGGUUUUAAAUAAGGCUCCUAGAAUUAACCUGAGAUGUCCUUCUAUUUCACGUAACUACAGGAAGCGUCAUACUCAUAUCUUUUGUAUACCUUAAGGCUAUAGAAGGCAACAAUUUCCUGCAAGUUGUCAAGUAUCAAUGUGUUCACUAGGUCAUUCACUUUUGUUCAAAUUACCCAAUAUAUGAAACACAUUCUUUUGUUGUUGAGGGAACCAGAACUCUAACUUUCUUCAACUUGGACACUUUCUACAUACAGGUGGCAAGUAGGUAGAUAAGGGACCAGUCAUAAUUUAAGUUGGAGGAGGGGGUGGAGGAGAAAUUGGGGGGCCUUCAAUUUUUUUUGGAUGGAAUAUGGGGGGCCUUAAAAUGCCAAAAGAUGACCUUGGGGGUCUUCAAGUUUCUUUUAAGUAGCUUCCCUACUGAGCAGCAUGAUGUUUGAGUAUUACAGGACCUGAUUUUGAUUCAGUUUUACACAAAGUCCUAUAUUGUGUAAUACUAAAACAAUUUAAUCAGCAUUUUUACAAAAAGAUUUAAUGCUCAAAUAGUAGGUGCAUCAACACAACGUCCAUUAUUGUGUAACACUGAAACAAUUUCAUCGGCAUUUUAACAAAUGAUUACAUGCAUAAAGUCAUGUUAUGCAAUGUCACUAUCCGAAUCAAUUAUUUGUAGAUGAGGUUGAUGCGGACUCACUGUCUGUGUCACCGUCAAGUUUUUCGCUAUUAGAGCAUGUACUGCUCAUAUAAAAAGCAGUAAGCUUUGGCUGAUUAUCUUCUUUCUUCCUUGAAGCGGUCCUGUCGGCCUCUCACCUUUCGAUGGCUUGUCUUAUCUCAAUUAUAACACAAUCACUGAUAUAUCCUUGCUCUAUAAGCUGUUUGAGAGGCUCUAGGUGAAAUCUCUUUCUCAGUUUAGUGUGAAGUGCUUCUCUGUUGUUAGUUGGCACAUUCGGAGGUGACAGUGAGUAAGAACGGUAAAGUAAAGAAAAUGUCAUUUGUUAUUACCAUUUGGGUAUUAUGUAUAAGAAAGGGGGGCCCUUAAAUCUUUUAACAUGAUUGAAGGGGGGGUACCUAAAAAACAUGGGUGCUAUUAGUGGGGGUCUGGAAAAAAAUUGGAAUAAAAAACAAUUUCUCCUCCCCCCCCCUCCAACUUAAAUUAUGACUGGUCCCUAAAGGUACCCAAUACAUAUGAGCCGGGGGGGGGACAUUCAGCCUGAACUUAACUCAGUAUCUAAUGCACAAAGCAAGAAGGAACUUUUUUUACCCCCCCCCUCACCCUUCAAAUAGAGUAUUCCAUUUAAGAGUUACCACUGUAUAUUUUUGGGCAUUUAUAUCAGUCAUCUUGUGUUAAAACUUCUUUAGUGUAAUUCAGAAGCAUCCACGAGCAUGCAGCAUGACGUGCCACAGACUAGUACAGCAUCUGUUACAUCACUCAGAUCGCAUGUCCUCCUUUGCCGAGAGGGAAUUCCAGAAGCUCUGGAAGAUCUCUACAGAGCUGCAGAAGUUGGAACAAUUCAUGAGGCUUCUUGGAUUGUGAUUCACUUCUUAAUGUUAGAGACGGGAUACAUAUGUGCAUCAGAGGUACUUUACAACAAAUUAUUGUAUGAUAGUAGAUAUGGUGAAGGCAAAAUUCAUUCCAAGGUUAAACCAUUGUUCAGCCUCUCAAAGGAGACAAAGGAAAAUCUUGGUUUAAGCUGAAAACAGAUUUUACCAUCCAACAGAUAUACCAUGAUUGACAAUGACGGUUAAAAACAAAAAUUUAACUGUUUAACGUAUCCUCAACGAGAUGUUGCUAUUAAUUUUGACAGAAUUUAAAGGAAAGCAGCGAAGCUGACAGAUCACAGAGGAUUGUUCUUCCUGUGGAUUGGAAAAAGGGUGGAACUGCAAGAAUAAAAUACACGCAUGCGUCUUGUCCUGGUUUGACCUCGUCUUUGACUUGUACCUCUUUAGGACCUUACGUUAUGGUACAUGGUAUGUCAGAGUGAAUUCCCUCCUUUUUUGUAACCUUGUUAGCUUUGCUUCCAAUAAAAACUGCAGUUUUUUGCAAGAUUUGAAAACUGUAAUCUUUAUAGGAAAGUACUACUUGGAUGGUGUCGUGAAAUAAUGUUAAGAUCUACAUUGUUACAAAAGAAACACUUCAGGACAAUUCUGUGGACUGUGUGUUUUUGCUUAGUCACAGGGCAGGGCUCUGGGAUAAUUAUGUUGUGCUCAGUAGCAGUAUCGUUAUUUUGGAUUCCAGGUAUUGUUGAUUCAGUGUCAGGAAGUGAAAUAUACCAGUGUAGAUUGCAGCCGACCGAUUUUGUGCGGGGGAAUGUAGACCUCAAAACCAGUGGUAGGUAUUCUUGUCACUUUUCAGCUCUUUUGGGAUACUUACAAGCCUUUCUAUUCCCUGGAGUACUUUAUAGUCAAUGAACUGCAGAACUUUUCUUUAACAGGAAGAUAAGUCUGUUUUUACAGUAGCUCUGAUCUGUCUGAUGGACCUUUUAAAUUUUCUUUGUAAUCAGUAGUUGUUAAAAUUUUAGGAGCAUCUACUGUGUAUUAUAACCUUCAUCGGCUUUCAAGACUCAUUAAGGAUCAAGUGGCUUAUCCUCUGCUGGCCUUCAUGAGAUCUGGUAAGAAGGUUUUUAUUCUCCUGUUACAGAGAAUGAUAUUACUUAAAUUGUUCUCAAAUGACUGAAGUUAUUUUAUCUUUCAUAAUCAUGUUUUCAUUGUUAGAAGAUUUGCUAUUAGCUAGUGUAAUGAUGUUAUGUAUUUUUAUCAGUAUAAAUAUAUUAUUAUUAUUAGUACUGUUAUUAUUACAUGCUACCGUAUAAUAUAUUACACCUUUUUAUUUUUUCAAGCUCUUGGAUUGCCUCAGCUAUGUGGUCUCAUGGCUCUUCCUGCAGAAGUGAAGGUAUUCUGUUGUACUGGAUAUCUUUUUAGUCAUUUACUGGUUCUUCUUUGGCCACGAGGCAUAAAAAGUUUGUUUUUAUUUUAGUUUUUUUAUUAUUUAUUUAGACACAGCCAACUCAACUUUGUUUGCACCUUAAAGUUACAUUUUGAUGCUCAAAAUUUAUUUCAAUCAUUCUACUUACCAGGUAGUUUACAUAAAAAAUUUAAAGCUAUUAAAUUAAUAGUUCAGUUUAACUUAAGAGUUCACUAGAAUGAGAUACAUGUAGGAAAUGAGGAAACAUUUUUAGUAGUUGCAUAUUUAUUUUAUUACAUGUAUUUAUAAUGAUACAUGUGAAGUUUUUUUCUGGGUUUUGCAGCUAAUGGUUCUUGGAAGGCUUCCUGUUCCUUCCAUAUUGAAUGUAGCUAGCACUUGUCAGGAAAUGCGAUCUCUGUCCAAUGAUCCUUCCCUGUGGCAGCACCUUGUUUUUAGAGAUUUUGGUAAGUACCAGGGGUAUGACCACCCCCUAGAGUUCUAUCACAAAAAUUCAUUCAUUCUGGAACUCUGGUUAAAAAAAUACUGUGUUGGGGAUGAGAUACAGCAUGAAAUUAUUACAGAAACAUGCAAUUUAUAUCUCUAAUUAAGGUAGAGGACAAAAUCCUGUAGCAUGAUCUAAAUGAAAUCUGUGGAGAAAUACUUUUAGAUGUUGCUGUUUUGUUUAGCAUGGUUUACAGGGCUAAAAAAAAUUUAAUGCCAGCUUGUCCUUUGGGAAAGCAGCCCUCACAUCUUGCUUGCCCUGGGUCACUUCUUGCUCUUCUUAGUUAAUGAUUUAGUUAGAAGAUAACCUGCUUAGACCCUUGCCCUUUGGGCAAGUGAAUUUAAAAGUUACUUGCCCCAGAAGAAAAUCUGCUUGUGCUGGACAACUGAACAGGAAAAAAGGAGGCCAAGAUUAGUAUCGAGGCAGGUUUUUUCAUUUGAUUGGUUGGUUAUUUUGUUGUUGUUGUUGUUUGUUUUAUUUUGUUUAAAUUAAUGUUUUUUUUUUCAUUGCAGGGAGGAAGACAAAAGAUCAAGCCAAAAGCUGGAAAAUGGUGUGCUAUAAAAAUUUUAGAUAACUUGUUUUAUGAUUCUUGCAAACAAUGGCAAUUUAAGCAUCAAGUGAUUAUUAUUUAUGACUGGAACACAAAUUUUAUAUAUUUUAGGAGUACAUCUCAUUAUACCGAGCAAAAAAAGCACAUGAAAAGAUGAGAUUACAAUUGCUGGUGCCACCCCCUGCACUGUACCCCCCUGGGCAUGGGAUUGGUACACAGCCUUUCAGGGGGGACACAUUCCCUCCAGGCAUAAUAGGUAAGUAGUUUUGCACAAAAACUUUGGAUCAUUUCCAUUGCGAUCUUUUGCCUCUUGUUUUGGUCUCUCAAGUUUCAUUGAAAGAUCAUUAAUUUUUGACAAUCACUUUGUACAGGAUGAAAAAGUCUGCUAAAGUUAAGCUGUGUAACUGUUGGUCUUUUCUUGCUCUCAGGAGAAAUUGAGUGCAUGUUGUGAAAUUAUACACUUAAACUCAACCAUGUCCUCUGCUAAUGCAGGCCAUUCCAGUGCAUAUUAUCAUGCCAAAGUAGAAGUGUUUCUUGAAAUUUAAUGGUCAAAAAGUCACAUACCACAAAAAUUAAAUGUAAAUAUGGGAUUGAGACAUUCAACUGGAAAGUUACGAGUAGAUCCUGUAGUUAUGUUUUUUUUAAAGGUGAAAAUAAGAAUUAUUAUUAUUUUCAGGUGGUCAUAGUGAUCUUUAUCCCAAUUUACCAUUCAUGCCUGGUGGUAUCAACCCUAUGCCUGGUGCCGCACCUGCCCCAGGGAUGCCGAGACCUCGUUUUGACCCUUUUGGGCCUUUACCAGACAUGAAUCAAAUGCCAGGACCAUCAAGACGGGGAAGGAGAUCUGGACCACAUCCAAACUUUCCUCCCAGCUUUUUUUAAUCAGCCAGAGAAAUGAUGCAAGCUUUAAAAUAAAAAAGCUGACUAAUGCUCCCUGGA